AUGGCCACGCUUUUCUCUUACUUCACCAAAACGCCAAAAUCUAAGAAACCUUCCUCUCCAGUUUGCGGUGAAACAGCGGAGAAAGGGAAAAACCAUUCUCCUAAAGAAGGGGCCCAAGGAUUUACGCCAAUUAAUGGACAGAAAGCGAACAUAAAAGAGCGAAAAUCAGCUGGUAGAUCGAACAAGAGCGAUGAUCCGCAAGUUGAAUUGUAUGACAUUGUGUGGGCCAAACUUGAAGGACAUCCAUGGUGGCCUAGCUUGGUUUGUGAUCAUCCUACACAGAACGUUUUUCAGCAGAAGGAUAAAUGUCAUGUACAGUUUUUCGGCGAGCCACCUAGCAGAGCUUGGGUAAAGCGAAGGUAAGCCUGUUUUAAUAUUGAACAUGAAUGCUCGAGAUCGAUUGUACCUGAUGGUAUGCUAGGUUCUUAACAUGGCGACUUGGUAGAUAAUUCAUAAAGCAAUGAAAGAGAUGUAUUUGCGGCCGGAUCAUUAUGUUUUUGUGUAAUUAUAAUUCCUUGCCUGUUAUGGGAUUCAUUUUUUAAUCGAUCUGCACGCCGCGUCACUGGAAAAGAUCAUUGUUAGUUCACAACCCCACCCCCCUGUUGAGUACUAAUAGAGUAAUGUUCAGAGUGAAUAUGGCUAAUGAAAUGAAUAAGGGCACAUAUUAAGGUCUAUUGUCUCAAAUCAAGGGUAGAGAAAUAAACAUUUUUUGUCUUAAAACAGGGUUAGGGCUUGAAUGCCUUGACAGUACAUCAGCUAUUCUCUUCCCAAACAUCCCAUCCCUUGACUGCCCCCCGGUAUACAUCUGUAAUGCAGACAAUCGGCAUUGUCUAUUAAGAAAAUGAAUAAGGCCGAGUAUCAUCUGAAGUAUUAUGGAGAUCAAAGAGGGCGUUAUCCACCAAGGCUGUAGGCUGAGGCAGAUAACACCCUCCAAGAUCUCCAUAAUUCUUCAGAUGAUUUGAAAGCCGAAUUCAAUGAUAAUAUUGUUGUAUUAUUCAUUCAAAAUAAUUCCUAGUUUAAAAGAUAGCUAAAAUAUGCUUUCCUCCAUCGAUGUUAAGUUUAUCUUCUAUAGUGCAUGUUUAUCGGCAAGUUUAGGAGAUAAAGGGUUGUUCAGUUCAGCAAAUAUUCUUCAAAUAGCAGAUGUUGUCCGUUGAGUUGUCUUCUUGCUGUUCUUGCUCUGUUUUAAGCCAAAAGUUCACCUGUUUCUUCCUCUUGAAGUAAAAUAUUCUACCAUUUUGUACUCACUACCAAAACAACUCAACCUCAUCCCCAGGUCUUCUCAGUCAACUGUUCAGUAAUCUGGCAAUUUUGCUACACACUUGAAGUCAUUAUUCAGAUAUCACCAAAAUCUUCCAAAUUUUGUUGUCAGUAGCUGGUUUUGAUGAAAUAUUUUGGAGGAAUAAUGACUCCUCUUAUUGAAGUCCUGCAGACCUACCAUACAGUUUUACGGAACUCUUCAGGGAUGGAAAAAUGACCCAUAGUUCCUCAUUAAGGGUUGCACAUUCAAUUUCUUCAUCCCAAUGUACAGUAUAUUGCUUACUGAGUUGAGGGUUGGAUACAAAUAGUACCUAACUACACCUGUAUGUGAGAUGGGGUAAAAUGACUGAAAGCAGGUAAACUGGAGGUAAAAAAAAUUCAACUAAAGGUUUUAUUAAAGGAGUAAAAUUCUUGUUUCAAUUUGCAUUUUUCAAUGGCUGCAUUUCAGACAAAUCAAGACCUUUGAGAAGCAAUUUAAAAAUCAAGUUGUGGAUCCUACAAUUAAAAAGGCUGUACAACAAGCUGAAGAAGUUCUGCUACUUUCAAAAGAAGAGAGAAAAGAACUUGUUAAUUGUUUACCUUCUGACGAGGAAGAUUCAGAGGAAGAUGGUGAUCAAACUAUGCAGUCAGAUGAUGAGAGCCCCAGCAAAGUAACACAGGGUCACAAGAGGAAAAGCAGUGGUGAUAUUGCAAACAAGAACAGUGAUGAUGAUGAUGAUGACAAAGUGAAAGGAAGAAAGGUGCAUAUUUAGUUUCAAAGCACAGAAAUAAAAUACAACCAUUAAUAAAUCACAAUAAAUUAAGACCUUUUCACUGGCAAGGUGUAGUUGAAGUUCAGACUCUGAAAACACAGAUCCAAACACCUUUGACCAUACUGGUUUUUGUUAUUAUGUAGUCUUUACUAACAGAAGUAUAUCCAGAAGCAUAAAGACCAGGACAUGCUAGGCUGGCAGUGAGUUGCAGGGAAUUAUACCAACUGAAUGCACAGAAUAUUAAGUAAAUUCUUUUAUUGCAUAUUUCAUUACACUCAGCGUAACAACAAGCGUCCCAAACGGAAAGCUGCAAUAAAGCACAACAAAGGAAAGAAAAGAAGAGUGAUAGAAUCUGGGUCUGAGGGAGAUUCAGCUGGUAGGUCUUUAUAUUCAAGAUGUGAUUUAUGUUAUUUUAACUGUUGUGUAUUCUGUGAUUUAUUCAUUUAGAUCAACAAUCUUUAAUGCACAGCCCUCUUAUAGUACAAUUCUGUGAAAUCUGAACAAUUUAUGAGCAAAAAUUUCAGGUUCAGUAACUUUGAAACCACUGUAAAAAUCAUACAAUUUUUUUUAAUGCUCAAUUCAUUUGAUUCCUUGAAUAUUUGGCAGACCAAUAUUAUCAUAUGAUCAUUAAUGUGUAAAAGCAAAAACAAGCAAACAGACCACAGACCACAGACCACUGCACAAACACUUGAAGAAGAACCAUCACACUGAGAUCCUAGAAAAAUAGGGUGUACAAAGUUACCACAAACCAUGCCACAAACCAUGUGAGCUUGCACUUGUGGGAUUGACCGCUGGAUGCCCGCUAAGCUCGUGGGCCGCUUGACCGCUAAGCUUGUGGGCCGCUUGACCGCUUAACUUGUGGACCGCUUAACUGCUAAGCUUGUGAACCACUUGACCGCUAACCUUGUGAAUGGCUAAGCUUAUGAACCGCUUGACCACUAACCUUGUGGACCACUUGACCGCUAAGCUCGUGGUGGUUAACUUAGUUAAAUUACAUUCAACCAAAUAUAAUUACAUAUGUAUGUUUCACAGAAUGCAUUAUUAUUUACCAAACAUCAGUUAUCAUUUCCCUAAUUGCAGUUUAAAGCACCCCUUUGUGCAAUAAUUGCAGAACAAAGUGGAAAGUCUAAAAUUAUCUUAGAUUUCCUAUUUUGUUUUUUCCAUUGUCUCAUUUCAUUUUAUUCUACUGUGUGGUGUGACAUUUUUGUUGCUUCUAAUUUUUGCAAUUUUUGCAAUUUUUCCAGCAAUCCACAGAAAUAAGUUUCGCCCAACAUUUUUCCCACAAAAAUUAACUCCAGAAUAAAAAUUCUCUAACUUAAGGUUGCUACACAAAAAUGCAGUACUAAGAAUUCUCGUCUGUUCAAUCACAACUUUUCAUUGCAUGUACUAAUAUAAUAUUUGUUUGGGUACUUUCUGAAAAUCGCAAAAAUUAAUUCCAAGCAAGCAAGAAAAACCAAUCUGUCCUAAUUCCCAGAAUUGGUUCCCGCAAAAUACAAAAAAUCGCCAAUCUGGAAAAAUAAACUCCCGCAAAAAUUCUGUGCCACCUGGUAUCUCACUUUGAUUUUUAAACCAACUACAAACCAAUCAGAAUGUCUGCUUUGAACUCUUUAGAUGAGUACAAACCCAAUGACGGUGAUGAUGAUGACGAUGAAAGUUGUAGUAGUGGAGUUGACGAAAAUGAGUUAGAGGAUGGUACCCAUUCAGAAGAAGAUAUUGAAGAGGACAAUGAAAAGGUGCUGUUUAGUGACAUGUAACUAAGAAACCUCUAUAGCGUCAUCCGAAAAAAAGGCACUUUAUUUGGGUGUCAAUGUAUUUAGCACUAAAGCACUAAUUGGGGACACUAUUUUUCAGUCUCCUAUCGGUGACGGGAUCGACUGACUUUUUAUGGCUAUUUUUUAUCACAAAAUGUAUAUCCAAGAAAUUUUUCAUCAAGAUACAAAAAUCUAAUUUUUGUUUCCUUUUUUGACCACUAGCCCUCCCGUAAGCGCAAACGAGGCAGCACAUCUACAGGUCGUCAGCAAAAGACCAAGAAUCACAAGCCAUCCACGCCCUGUACACCUCUCACUAGCAAGGCACCAGUAUUCAGUACCCCAUCCCCUUCAUUACUGUCUGGCUCAUUAGCAAACAAGGUGUCAAGUUCGGCCAGUAAAGCUGCAGAAUCUCUGGCAAGAUUCCAGAUGAGUUCGUCUCCAACCCCAAGUUCAAAUGCAAAUAAUGAAGAGGGUGUUGGUACCUAUACUCAUGAAAAAUUGGAUUGGUUAAAGGAGGAGAAGAGGAAGUAAUGGAUAGAUUGUUUUAACCCUUUAAGUCCCAGUAUCUACUUACAAAUUCUCCAGACUGAUCUUCAUAAAUUUCCUUAAAGAAUUAGUUGAGAGAAUUUGAUGAAAGAUCAAAGUAUUUUCUAUUACAACACUUUAUUAAGUUUCAAAACCUUUCUCAAGGCUGUGCUCUAAGGAAACUUGAAGGGAGUCCAGUGCCUGGUCCUGUACAUGGUGUAAUAUCUAGUGUGCUCAGCAUAUGAUUUGUAUGUCACCUGAGAGCAAAAAAUGAGUGCCAAGGGUGGCCGGGGUCUAGUGCACUGACCUGUUUUUCACGAUAAAAUUUGUUUUUUUUUUUCAUUUUUGGAAGAUAAUUGAUGUUUUAAUUCACUCUUGGGACUUAAAAGGGUUACCAUAAUCCUUUCAUUCCUGACACUGUACAUGUAGGUUGCAUUAUUUUGGAGAUUUUGGUGCGUUUUUUGGUCACUGUCUUUAUUUUGAACAGUUUUCAACUGAAUUUCAUUUUUGUACCUCUAUUUCAUUUUGUGCUGUAAGCGCCAGCCCCCAUCCCACCCUCCUAGGCUAUUUGAAGGCACCAAGGCAGCUGCCUCUGUAAAAAAACUUUAAGCCUCCCUGUGCAUACCUUAUAAACGUACACACUGGUUUUUUGACAUUAAACAAUGUAUGGUUUAGCCUUGGUAUGCACGGCCCUGUUACCCAGUUGCUAUUAUGUACAACUGAAAAAAUUAAUUGUUUCAGCACUUCUUAAGAUUUACAGUAAUAACAAUAUUCAUUUAUUUUGUAUAUAGAGACAAGCAUGGCAGACCAAUGUCACAUCCUGAUUAUGAUCCACGCACCCUUCUUGUAAGUACAACCUAUACAUGAAAAGUUAAUGCAUUUACCAUUAACUCUCUCCAAUACAAACAUUGUGAAGGCUGGCUUUAAGUAUCCUUCCUUAACUUAAGAUGGGCCCAUGUUCUGGUCGAAUAAUUCUUGCGGAGUGAGCAGCUGUUACGCUGCGAGCAAAGCGAGUUUAUAAUUUCGUCGCGCGCAGAUCACGCGAGGAUGGCAAGCGUACUGCAAUUUUGCUUUGGUCAUAAAUUUUUCUUUCUAUCGGUUUUGGUAUCUGCAGUUCCCUAGCAACAAGCCAUAAACAAAUUCUAAAGAUGCCAUUCAGCAUGACGUCAUCGUGCAUUUUGGGUUUCCAGGCAACAUGGCAACUGACUUGGGCUCAUUUUAUUCAUCUUCUGUUUACUGUACGCUGGCGAAUCGCAAAGUAUUUCUGAGGCAAAUAACAACGGGCUGCAAACACAAUAGUGCCCGAUUCGACAAGUGGCUAGAAAUCCUUGCCGUGGAAGAUUUAACACUGAAAGAGUGGUGACCUGAACUUCAGCGAGAGCAACGAAGAAGAAGAUGAGUGCAUUCAUCGAGCGGCCGUUAUAAAGGCCGAGAGUGAAUAAAACGUGGAAAUAAUGCAAAAUAGCUUUGAAAUACUUGUUUGAGCUAUUUUUCCUGAAAUGUAUUUUUGAAUUCAUCAUAAAUACAGCUCCACAAGGUUCAAACAGUGUGAAUGGCAGAGAAAAAUACUUCAAGACUAUUAAUUUCACAUCUCGAUCGGUGUAGUGGUCACAUGGCCCAGUGGUCAGACAGCGCACUUUUUUUUGCUGGAGGAAGUUGGAGUGCAGGUUCAAAUUCCGGCGUGGCUACUUCCAGUUUCUUUUUUUUUCUUUCAUCAUAUUUUUACCCUUUGGCUUGUUACUAUUUAUUCUCACUGCUGACCCUGUCAGCUUUGCGAGAUUUUUGCGAAAACGUAUUUCUAGUAUCUUGGUAUAAAUAUUUGUUCAGUGUGUAAAGAAAGUCAUGUCCGAUAGCCUAGGGCUACUGCAUUUUACCAUCAGCCUAGUGAAUUCUGUUCUGAACUCGCCUGAUGGGCAAGUGAAAUUUUUGAGUAAUUAACAUUGCAGAAGAUCUAUAAUCAGUCCGGCUCAUCAAAAAUUUUUUCCAAGCUAGUUAAAAGGCCCCCAGGCUAGAACCUGAUAGCUGGAGCUUGCCCGAAUGGCAAGCUUGAGAACUGACAUUCUUUGCACCCUGUUUGUUCUCUCUGUUUUAAGAUACAUGUAUUUUACUGUAAUGUAAUGUGUUUGGAACCAAGGAUUAUGAAAUAAUUAAUUCAACCAAGGAGAAAAUUGACCCUCAAACAAAUUUGCAGUCAUCAAGUUAUUCAGCAAAAGAUCCUUUGUUUAUGUGUAGUUAUUUUUAAGUUGUAUAAAUUAUAGUCACAGCACCCAAUUAAUACUGUUGGCUUUUUCCUCUUUUAUUAGGUUCCUCCAUCAUUUUUAUCUUCCAAAGAUGCCACACCAGUAAGUCUAAUUGGCUUUACUUUACUUUGCAUAUUUUAACUUGUGGAAUAAUAACUGGGUAUAGUAACUGCAGAACUCUUUUUCUGUUUUUGAUACAUUGUUUUUAAUUAUGAUUGUGUUACUUUUUCAGGCAAUGAAACAAUGGUGGCAGUUGAAGAGUGAGAACUUUGAUACAAUCCUAUUCUUUAAGGUUUGUAAACACAGAAAAGUGCAACUGAACACAAUCCCUAGAUCUAGUUUUAAUGUUUUGAGUUACAUUGUUGUAUUGACCUGGGAAAUAGGGUUGAGACAGCCCCCUGCCCGCUGCCACACCCCUCAAACAGUUCCUAUUGAGCUUUAGACCUUUUCUUUAAACAGUUUGGUUUUUGAUUAAUAUUAUGACCCUAGUAAGCAUCUGGCACUCCACUGCCACUUUUUGUACUUGAGAAUUAAAUGUUAUCAAAAGUAUCCUAUUCUAUGUUAAUAUCCAUGUAUUUGCGUCAGGUUGGCAAAUUCUAUGAACUGUACAACAUGGAUGCCACAGUUGGUGUAAAGGAACUUGGCUUAAUUUAUAUGAAGGUAACUAAUGCCUUGAUGAUGGUGCUGAAUGUAGGGAUGACAGUUAAUGAUGAUGAUGAUAUCAAUGAUCAUGACCAUCAUAAAAUUAAUGCAUGUGAUAAAUAAUAAUAGUAUUUUUGUUUUUAUUUUGAAUAAUAUUAAUUAUUUGAAAAAAAUACAAUAACAGUGAUAACCUGAUUUAACAACUACAUUGGUCAGUGAAGGUUUACAGGUGCCUGGGAUGUCCAGAGACCACCACUUUUGGUACAGCCAGCCUCUAAAUAGAGUUACACCCCCAUGGCUGACUGAUCAGUAGAAGGGGGAGGGGAGGUUAAAUGCAAGACUGUGACCAUGCCUGCACCACCAAACUUACUGUUUGACCAACAAAAAGCGUAUUUUUUAACUGCAUUAAAUUUCAUUUAACUGCAUUGUAAUAUUAUUGAUAUAAUGAUUUUAUCAUCUUAUAUAAAUAUAUUUGAAUACUUGUUGACAGUUCUCAGUGCAUGAUGCUUGAUAAGAAUAAGAUGAUAUAAACAAAUUUCAUGUAUCAAUUCCUUUUUUGCAGUGUAACUUUGCUCAUGCUGGUUUUCCUGAAAUUGCAUUUGGUCGCUAUUCAGACACUCUUAUCCAAAAAGGUUACAAGUGAGUUACCAUUUAUUUUAUCCUGCAAUAGUCAUUUUGAGUUAAAGGCAUAUUGUGCAGACAAGUAAAAACUUGAUUAUAAACAUGUGCACCUACAUGUAGUUCAGUAGAAGAUAGCCUCUUGUGUUGAGGUGACUUUUUCAGGAGGAGCUACCACCUGGCUUAUCUCACAACAGCCUCACUUGCUCCUGCUUCUUCCCCUACUAGAGAGCUGCUAGCAGGCUACACUAAGUACAAUAGUGCUCUCUUUUGUCUGAUGCAUUAUUUUCAAGAUUUUUGUCGUUACUUUAUCAUCAACAUAAUAUAUAGAUUUACCCAAGGCUAAAACCAAAGCUCCCAUUAAUAAAUCAAACAAUAAACUUGUAACCAUUGCAAAGAAAUCUACUUGGAGUUGAGCCUGUGAUCAGCUAAAAACUAGUAACUUGGCAGUAGAUAACUACAAAAAAACAUGUAACUUCUAUGGCUUGACACCUGAGCAAGUGAUAUGGUCAUGUGAUACUGGUCAGCAGAUGCCCUGUUUUGACAGAUUUCAAUUGACCGUGGCAUGGAUAUGCAAUAUAUCAGGUUGCAGGCUCCCACAUGCUAGAAAGUGCAAGAUUUUACAUUGUCUGCCCUGUGUUACGGACAGACGGAGGGACAUACAGUCACGUGACUACCAAACUUUCUCAGAUGUAUAGAUAACCACAUUUUCUCAGCCAUGGGGCCCUGUUUGCAUGCGCGCAGAGCUCCACUUGUCUAAUAGAAAUUGUAUUGAGUUUCUCUCCUAAAUUAUUCCAAAAUUGCCAUUACAAAGAUUCUCACCACACGAGAUGCUUGUCUCUAGAGAUGAGGGAUUUGUCUCUAGAGAUGAGAUGGGUAACUUACACCCGUACAUGUACUUUUGAGUGGUGCUGUAAUCUACAGCUGAAGUACUAUUGUAAUGAUUUUGUGUUUUUUUAUAGGGUAGCAAGAGUGGAGCAAACUGAAACACCAGAAAUGAUGAAAGAGAGAUGCAGAAAAAGUAUUUUAUCUAUUAGCUGUUCAUUUUAUUCUUUUACAGUGUAUUAUUUUAACUGAUUAUUAACUUUCAUAUUUUAUUCUAUAUUAAACUAAUUUAAUGAAGUAAAAAUUUGAACUACAAAAGAGCAAAUGAGUAGUGUUGAAUAAUACUUGUAGGUCAUAAGAUUACAUGUAUUUUAUGUAAAAUAAUGCAUGUUGUCUUUGUUGUCUGCAACUAUGAUAGUUAUUGAAAAUUCUUUGCUUCAUUGUUAUGUAUAUUUUACAGCCCAUUCAACCUCCAGGGCUGAUCAGGUUGUUAAGAGAGAAAUAUGUUCAAUAAUAACAAAAGGUAAGAUCUCAGUUUUUUUAAUCAGUAAUCUCAAGCAAGACUUGCUCUACAAUUGUCACAAAUUCAUGCAAAUAAUAUACAGCUGUAGUAACCCUAAUAAGUCACUCAAGUCACCCUAGUAACCCUAGUCACCCAAGUCAACCAUGUCACCCAAGUCACCCAUGUCACCCCAGUCCCUUAAGUCACCCUAGUCACCCAAGUCACCCUAGUCACCCAUGUCACCCCAGUCACCCAAGUUACCCUAGUCACCCAAGUCACCCUAGUCACCCAUGUCACCCAAGUCACCCUAGUCACCCAAGUCACCCAAGUCACCCAAGUCACCCUAGUCACCCUAGUCACCCAAGUCACCCUAGUCACCCAUGUCACCCAAGUCACCUAAGGCACCCUAGUCACCCUAGUCACCCAUGUCACCCCAGUCACUUAAGUCACCCUAGUCACCCAAGUCACCCUAGUCACCCAUGUCACCCCAGUCACCCAAGUUACCCUAGUCACCCAAGUCACCCAAGUCACCCCAGUCACCCAUGUCACCCCAGUCACCCAAGUCACCCAAGUCACCCUAGUCACCCUAGUCACCCAAGUCACCCUAGUCACCCAAGUCACCCCAGUCACCCAAGUCACCCAAGUCACCCUAGUCACCCUAGUCACCCAAGUCACCCUAGUCACCCAAGUCACCCAAGUCACCCAAGUCACCCUAGUCACCCUAGUCACCCAUGUCACCCCAGUCACCUAAGUCACCCUAGUCACCCAAGUCACCCAAGUCACCCUAGUCACCCAAGUCACCCAAGUCACCCAAGUCACCCUAGUCACCCAUGUCACCCCAGUCACCCAAGUUACCCUAGUCACCCAAGUCACCCAAGUCACCCUAGUCACCCAUGUCACCCCAGUCACCCAAGUCACCCAAGUCACCCUAGUCACCCAAGUCACCCAAGUCACCCUAGUCACCCAUGUCACCCAAGUCACCCAAGGCACCCUAGUCACCCUAGUCACCCAUGUCACCCCAGUCACUUAAGUCACCCUAGUCACCCAAGGCACCCUAGUCACCCAUGUCACCCCAGUCACCUAAGUCACCCUAGUCACCCAAGUGGCCCAAGUCACCCCAGUCACCCAAGUCACCCAGUCACCCGAGUCACCCAUGUCACCCUAGUCACCCAAGUCACCCAUGUCACCCCAGUCACCUAAGUCACCCUAGUCACCCAAGUGGCCCAAGUCACCCCAGUCACCCAAGUCACCCUACUAACCCUAGUAACCCUAGUCACCCAAGUCACCCAUGUCACCCCAGUCACUUAAGUCACCCUAGUCACCCAAGUGGCCCAAGUCACCCCAGUCACCCAAGUCACCCAGUCACCCGAGUCACCCAUGUCACCCCAGUCACUUAAGUCACCCUAGUCACCCAAGUGGCCCAAGUCACCCCAGUCACCCUAGUAACCCUAGUCACUCCAGUCACCCAAGUCACCCUAGUCACCCAUGUCACCCUAGUCAUAAAAGUCACUCUAGUCACCCUAGUCACCCCUGCCACCCAAGUUACCUUAGUCAACCAAGUCACUCUAGUUACUCAAGUCACCCUAGUCACCCAACUCACCCUUAUCAACCAUGUCACCCCAAGUCACUCUAGUUACCCUAUUCACCCAAGACAUCCUAGUCAUCCAAGUCAACCUACUCACCAUAGUCUCCUAAGUUCCUAAGUAAACUCAGCUACCCUACUCACCUUAGUCACCCUAGUCACCCCAGCCACCCCAUUCACCCAAGUUAUCCUAGUCACCCAAGUCACCCUAGUCACCCUGGUCACCCCUGUCACCCUAGUUACCCAAGUCACCCCAGUCACCCUAGUCAUCCUAGUCACCCAAGUCAUCCUAGUCACCCAAAUCUCUAUAGUCACCCUAGAUAGCCUAGUCACCCAAGUUACUCUAAUCACCCCAGUCACUCCAGUCACCCAACCGACUUAAGUCGACCUAGUCACCCUAGUCACCCAAGUCAUGCAGAUUUAAUCAAAUCAGAUUAAAUCAGAUUAAGUCACCCUAGUCAUCCUAGUCACCCUAUCCAAGCACCCGGUUCAACCAAGUCACCCUUGUCACCCUUGUCGCAAAGUUAACCAAAUCACCCUAGUCACUAAAGUCAUUCUAGUCACCCACUUCACCCAAGUCACCUAAGUCACCCUGGUCACCCAAGUCACCCAAGUAACACUAGAGACUAAAGUCACCAGGGUUUGAGCUAGGAUUUGAUCACUGGGGGACAAUUUGUCCCCUUGGCUAAAUUUUUGGGGGACAUUUUCAUUUUUAGGGGGACAGAAAUUUGUACACCCUUCUGCUGAUGCAAAGGGGUUUGUCUUCUUAGCAGGGCUUCUGAUAGGUCUCGGAAGAAAAAGUCAAAUUUCGCGGGAUUUUUAGGGACAAAUUCGCGGAAAAAUCGGCCGAUUGCGCGGGAGUUUUCGGGGCAAACUUCACCGAAAAGCAAUUGGUAAAAAGCGGCCGAUUUUGUGGUUAUUUUCAAGGCAAAUUUCGCUAGAAAUCGAUCGGUUUUGCGCUGAUCAGACCAGCCUUUUUAACGUUUUUCUAACAGUGCUCAUCAUUUGCUCUUUCAACAACAAUACGCUCCAGAAAUGAACCAAUGGCAAAGCCUUUAACAUCAUGGCUAGUGCCCAGUUUUUCGCAACAUAAUCUGUUUGCACGUUUCAGUGACGAAGUUCCAAGAUAAAUUUGCAAGUUUACGGCAAGUAAAUAGCCCCUAUAGCUGAAAUAAGUUUCAAAUAUGUUUUACAGACAUGUAUUUGAUAAGAUUUCUACCGAAUUUCGCGGUAUUUUUCAUGUUUUUGUGAAUUUCGCGGCUCCGCGACCGCGCAAAGAAUCAGAAGCCCUGUCUUAGAUUUCCGACAAAAAUAGCAGUAGAGUGUGACUGAAACGUAACUUUGGAAUGAACUUUAAAGGUGCGAUAAAAUAUACUUUCCACGUUCUGUUUCAGCUUGCAAUUUCUGUAUUGAAAUAAAUCUCUUCGUGUUUGCUUCCUUUCGAGUUUUUUCCCUAAAUUUUGAAGGGGACAAAUUGUCCCCUUGGCCGUUUUUUAAAGGGACGAUUCCAAUUGCAGUGCGGGAUUGGCGCAAUGGCGCGGCCUGGCUCAAACCCUGAGUCACCCUAGUCACCAAAGUCACCCUAUCCAAGCAAGUUACCGUAGUCACUCUAAUCACCCGGUUCAACCAAGUCACCCUUGUCACCCUUGUCACAAAGUUAACCAAAUCACCUUAGUCACUAAAGUCAUUCUAGUCACCCACUUCACCCAAGUCACCUAAGUCACCCUGUUCACCCAAGUCGCCCUAGUCACCCUAUUCACCCAUGUCAUCCUAGUCUCACCAGUCACCCAAGUUAUCCUAGUCAACUUAGUGAACUUAGUCACCCAAAUCACCCAUGUCACCCUUGUUACCCAAGUCACUCUAGUUACCCUAGUCACCCUCCUCACCCUAUUCACCUAAUUAAGUUACCCUAGUCACCCUACAAAUUUUUUUGGAAAAUUUAUAUCCUUUUAUGUUAAUACAUGCAAGUUUUUGACAACUACUUCCUUCUUUUGUAAGUUGAAAUAAUUUUGUUUUUUUGCAGGAACAAAGACAUACAGUUUUCUAGAUGGAGUCUGUACAGAAAGUGAGGCUGCAUACCUUUUGGCCAUUUCUGAAAAGGUAAUGUUGACUGCCACUUAGCUGUGAUGGGCUGUUAUUACAUAGUAAGAGCAGAAGUCAAGUGAGCUCUGAAACUAUGAAGUUAAGGGUGCACAGUACAGUAUUAAUAUGUUUUGUACAAAGCUGACUUAGUUUGUCAGAUCCUGUUGUGCAUAUAUAUAAAACUGUUCUCUCACUCCACUUAAGAUUUUUCAUUCCUUAUAGUAAGUUACUAGAAACCAUCAGGGAAUGGUAUAGCACAGCCCGGUGCAGUAUUUUCUGAUGACAUGCAGAUGGCAUGCAACAGUUUAUUAAUUUGAAUUAUUGUAUUAGGGAUCUGACGAUGUCUCAGGAGGAGAGAGUCUUUAUGGUGUCUGCUUUGUGGAUACAUCCAUUGGAAAGUUCCAUGUAAGUACAAAAAAAUGCACUUUAUUUGUCAAUGAGUGUCAAUGUAUUUAGCACAAAAGUAGUAAUUGGGAACACUACUUUAACGUCUCCAACUGGAGACCCAGCCGCCAUUUUAUGUAGUCAUCCGAGCCAUGCAAAGGUCUACCCGGUUGCAGGGCAAAGGCGUUGCUGUCAUGUUUCAGUUAUUUUUAGACCCUGAGUAUUGUCUGGCCCCGGGAAAAGAACCCGUGACCUCCCGCCCCAGCUCUGCAGUCAAACACUCUAUUGACUGAGAUAAUCCAAUCAAUUAAGUCAAUUGUGUUUUUACGAUAGGGCUUGCAAACUUGUUGUCUGUUGGUAUAGAGGGGUUUUACGUAACCUGUUAAUAUAAUAGUAGACCACUAUGCAGUGAAUUUUUUUUUCUUUGAAGAUUGGUCAGUUUCAAGAUGAUCGUCAGUCUUCUCGCCUUAGAACUCUGGUUGCUCAUUACACCCCAGUUCAGGUAUGACUUGAUUUGUUGAUUUAGUGGGUUUUUACAUAACACCGGGGCGACUUUCGUGCCGGUGCGAGUUGACUCCAGUUCCCUCUCAUGGCUCUACAUUUGUUUACAUGAUACCACCACAAAAUGUCAUGCCGGCAUGAGUCACCCUCGGCGUGAGUUCAGCCCGGUUGGGGUGAGAAUUUCACUCCAGUACAAAAUCUCACAACGGUAUCUUGUAAACGCCAAAUGACCACAUGUUUCGGUGUGAAAUCGGUCUGCCGGUAGACUGGAAUGGGUAGCUGGAAUGUUUGCAAUUUUGAAUCUUACAUGUACCUCAUUAACAUGAAGUGUACCUGCAAGUAACGAGAUAUGAAAUAACCCAGUCAUAAUGUAAAUGCGAUAUGAAACAAAAAAGUCAUCCCGUUAUGAAACUCGCGCUGGUGCAAGUGUUCUCAUGUGAACACCCCCUUACACAGGGUGUUCAUUGGGAAUCAGAGAUUGGAGAAUUCUCCAUGAACUACACAGAAUUCUACAGCUAAACCUUUGAUAGCCUAUGACUGUUUUUUAUUCAGAUGUGGAGCCUCUUUCAAAAUAUUCUCCUGUAACGGUACACCUUUCUCCUGCUACUAGAAUUCUUAAUGAAAACCCUGUUUACAUCCCUUGUUAAAAAUAAUCUUGCAGUAACAGGGGCAUUAUUUUGUAGGUUUUGUGUCCUCGUGGAGGUUUAACAUUAAAAACUCAGCAUGUUCUUAACCAUGAGCUGAUGUCCUCCAUGAAGGAGUAUUUGACACCAGGUACUAUAAUUGUGCUAGGUCAUUAUUGUCAGUCUGAAAAGAUUGGUUAAUAAAGCUGUCUUGUAAAUAUGCUACAUUUGAAAGUUUCCAUAAUGUUUUCUCUAGGAUGAGAUCGUGUUAACCAGUUAAUUUGUUUAAUGACUUUGAAAUUCUUUUUUCAGUGAUUUCAGCCAGUCAGUUAGUCUGAAAUGUCACCCGCUUCCACCCUGUAACCUAUGGCAAGUGUAAGGAGAGACACCCCCAUUGGCAAGGGGGGGGGGCGAUGGAUAACAUUUCAGACUACCACUCAGUGCUAAGGGCUGGGUAGAAGGGGUUAGGGUUAGUGACUCAACAGUUUUAUUUAGGAUUUGGUGGUAGGCCAUCAUUGCUUUUCUGAAUCCCUUCUGUACACCAGGCCUUGAAUUUUAUACCCUGCCUGUUGGGAGAGAUGGGAACAACAAUGAUAAACCCAUACUGAGGUGCUAAAAAUCCAUCCUUUGCUUCUGAUACAUUUGCUUGUGCAGUCAACGUCUUUAGGACAGACACCCUGUGGACACGGGGUCAUUAUCGAUUCUGGUAAUCUGCCCUGCAUCUAUCCCUCCCCCAAGCCAACAUUUUGCCCUAAGUGAGAAGCAAGUGUUAAUGUGGGCUAAGGGGAGGGGUAGGAGGAUAGUUUCCCAGAAAUGAAUAAUGAUCCUGGACAUGCACCAAGUUCCUGUCUUACAGAGAGUCGGCAAUUGGCUCAAGAGUGCAGGGUUCAUACAAAGUCGUGAAUUCUUGAAAAAGUCUUAAAAUUUGCCCAGCAAUUUUCCAGACCUGAAAAAAGUCUGGGAAAUAGAAAUGAAGUCUUGAGGUUUUUUUGAAAGCUACUACAAGUGCUCUUUAAGUGACAUCUUUUUUGUAUUGGUCAAAUCUUACUUAAUCUUGCCCGUACGUUUACAGCGUAUCAUGAAAAAAAUCUUUGUUCCUCGGUUUCUUUAAGGUCUCUGUCAUCUAUUUGAUAAUGUUGAGAAUGGAAAAAGAAAUUAUUGCUUGGAAAAAGUCUUGAAAAUGUCUUGAAGUAAUAUAUCCAAAACAACACGCAGUGUUUCAUCUGAUAUCCAGACACCAAGAAGUGGGUUGAAAAACGAGGUGCAGCCGAAUUUUUUAAGACUGACUUCGAGGUGUCUGGAUAUCAGAUGAAACCCUGAAUGGAGUUUUGGAUAUAGCUUCUCAACUGAACAAUAAUUCUUGGAGAAAUUCAAAGAUAAAGCUCGUAAAAUUUAAUGGUAAUUAGUGUCCAAUAUCCAAACCACCGUCACGGUUGUGAUUUUCUUUGUUUUCUCUUUAUGAAUUAUUUAAUGAGUUUCAGAAUUUUGUAUUCAAAAAUCUGUAUGAACCUUGAGAGUUGUAGGGGCCAACAUCAGGUGUCCAUUUCUCAGAAGUGUCCAUCUGAUAAAGGGAGCUACAAAGAGAGAGUUGCACUGUACGGCAAAGUAGUUCUACAUCAAUGCCAGGUUUCGUCUUUCAUAAGCAGUACAUGAUGUUAUUUAUCUUCAGCUGUUGUUGUUUUGUGACUGCUGUCUUUUGCAGGAUCGCAAUUCUGGGAAGCAGGGAAGACACUGAAGGUCUUAGCAGAGGAAGAGUAUUUUAAGGAAGACAAAAAUAGCACGGAGAAUUCUGUAAAGGUGAUUUUCUACUUCAGCGUAAACUAUAAGUAGUAGUGAAUGUUAAGAGGAGUAGAAGGAGGAUGAACUGCAUAACCAGACAGCCAUGUUCGUGCAGCUGUAUGCAUUUGACCUUCCCCCACAAUCAGGCCUUCAUGCCCCUUUCCUCUUGUCCACUGUACUAUUUUAAUUGUCUUUCGGUAUGAUUUUUGUCCAUCCUUUUUCACAUUAUUGGAAAUGCUUUGCCCUUUUCUCAAACCUUGUAAAGACAACUGUUUUUGUGGAAGUACCUUCAGGAUGCUAUUCAUAUUUGAGCUCCCACUUCCCCCUAGCAACCUUCAUUAGGUAAUUACUUUCAUGAACAAAUUUUAAUGGACAUCAUCCAUCACUCCUGAUAAAUGAAAAUAAUAUUGUUUUCUGUUACAGAGUUGGCCCGAUGCUUUGAAAAAAUGUACUGAUGGAGGUAGUACACGCCUUGGAUUAAUUAAAUACCAUAAAAUUCCGAAAAUAAGCCCCGGGGCUUAUAUUUUUCAAAGGCCCUCUUUGAGGGGCUUAUGUUCGGAGGGGCUUAUCUAUGGAGGGAAAUUUGCGUUUCAAAAUUGAUUGGGCUAGCCUUAUAGUUGGAAGUAAAUUUACUGCUUUUGUAUUUGAGGGCAAUUUUCCAAGUACAAGCCCCCGGGGAGCUUAUAUUUGGAGGGGCGAUUUAACAGAGGGUUUUUUUUCAUUAUUCGUUUGGGGGCUUAUAUUUGGAGGGGCUUAUUUUCGGAAUUUUACGGUAUUUAAAAAAAUUCUUUUAGACAUAUUAAUGGCCCUCAACUGCUUUUAGGACAGGCAAUUCUGUGAUUUACUGCCAGGCUUGUGUUAUUUACAAUGGAGAGAGGCUGACAUUUGACAUUUCAAGACCUGAUAAACCUGUGAUCAGUCUAAUUGGAAACACUUUCAUGAUCGAAUUGGAAUUUGGUUGGCAUAGUUUUCCACUCCUGCAUAUGAAUGGGCAGUGAAUUGACACGUAAAUGUCUUUAAAACAGUUUUAUCCAUUCUGACCAAAUACAUAGGAGCUAUUGCGAAAAAGUCACUGCUCAUUAUCAUGCAGGAAUACAGAUUUGAAUUUGACACUGAUUGCGGCUACGACUAACAGAUGAAUUUUUCAAAUAAUCAAUUCAUUAAUGCAAUCUUGGGGGUACGCUUGAUCUGCCUUUACUGUAAGGUGGCAAAACCUGCCUGUUAACUGCAUCUUUCCCCAAUUUGUCAUGUUUUGAAGUUAGAGAUUCCUUUGCCAAAAAGUGGCUUACUUUUGGCUUCCUAUUCUACUUUAUUCGAGUAGUAAAUUAGAAAAGUAAUGUUGUGGACCCAGGAGUCAUAUCGUAAAGAAGUAGUUUUAAACUAAAUUCUGGCCAGCCCCCAGUGUUUUGACUAGUAAGCAAAAUUUACACCAAGUGUACUUUUGGUAAGCUGGUUUUCGUAUUUCCUUCUCCUCCUACAGUACAUGUAAUACAUUGUUUUUUUGUUUUGUAGACCCCUUGGGCUUGAUGCCAGGUGAUGGAAGAGGACUUGCCCUCAGUGCGCUUGGUGCUGUAGUGUGGUAAGAAGUGUCAGUCUUGUAUAUAUUGCAGUUAAUUUUUUAUUUCAGUUAAUUUUUGUUUUUCCUUUGUUUAAAAUUCAUUAGCACACAUUACCAUACCCAAAGACAAUAGAAAAGAAAAAAUAACUGCAACAUAUUCAUCAAGUAACCCAGGGUUAUCAAUAAGUACAUGUACCAGCCACAGCAGGAUUUUCAUUUACUAUGAUCACAAUUUUGACUUUUUUGUUUCUAAUUUGCUGUAAUGCACAACCAGUAGAGGAGAGUUCUGCAGAAAUUAGUAUGUUUUUGUACUAGAUAGUAUUGUAUAAGACAGCAGAACAGUCAUUUGAUUUGGAGGUACUCUGUUGUUUCCCUGUAUUUACAACGUUUUAUGGGAGAGGUGUAAGUUCCCAUAAACAGCUUCCUAUCUCUUAAUAUAUAAUAAUAAUGUUUGUGAUGGCCUUAUAUAAUAAUUGUUUGUGAGGGGACCUCCAGGGUCAUUUCAGGUUCGGACACCUUUUCUGUUUGCUAGGCCGUAUGGAAACUUCACACUUAUGAGAGCGUUACCUGUUUUAGCAAUUUAGUUUCAUGUGCUUUCUCCACUUUGAAACGUUUAAAACAGGUAUCUGAAGAAAUGCUUAAUUGAUCAAGAAGUCUUGUCAAUGGGAAAUUUUGAGGUACAUGUUCUCACUGUUUGUUAAUUAAGAUAUGUGUAAGUCCAUAAAGACAAAGUCAAUCACACCUUAUAUUUUUUGCAUUUUUCUAACACAUAACACCAGUAACAUCGCGACUUAAUUGACCAAUCAGGUUAAUAACCAGAGUUUAAUACCAUCAACUGACGUGAUACAACUCACUUUGAUUCCGAAGAUGACUACUGCACAGGUCGUCGAAACGUCAGUCACGUACUGUCAACAACAACAGUGCUAUUCAGCACUACGUUCACCCGGACGAUCAUAAUCAACCUACUUAUGAAAUGACUCCGGGGUUCACAUCUUUCACAGUUUUACAUACUGUUAGAUGGGACUAGCUGAUUCUUGUAUUGUCAAAUUUGUCUUCAUGUCCUUUCGCUUAACUUACCCUUCCUUUUAAAGUUCUGCUUCUCAAGCCUGUGGGCUUUACCCAGACUAUUAAGUAUUUUUUCUUGCUUACUCAACAUUGUAACCUGAAGUCUGAAAAUAGAAAUAAUAAUAUUGCUUUUCCGCAAUUUUGAUUCCAUUCAGGAGUACACUCCUCUGGAUAGUUCUCCAAACUGUGGUGAGACGGUAACUUUUGCAAAAGGAAGACAACACAUGGUAUAGUAGAGAUAUUUCAUUUCAUAGCCAUUAUUACGACAUGACUACAAUCAUGGACUAAAGUCCCUGCGACAGUAAUGCAAUAUUCAUAUUUUUCUGUCAUUUCUCGGUUCCCUCAUAAAACAAUGCAUCCUUUUGGAAAUUUUCUUGCAGUUCUCCCCCCCCCCGCCAAGCAAAGUUAAACUCAUCGCCAAUUGAUGAGUUUGGGAACUGGUGCCUUAAAAGUUAGCGGGGAAGGGCCCGAGGUAAUUCAGGCACCGCUGGGAGGUCUCCAUGGCAACCCGGCAAGCGGGAACCACCCCAGCAGCCGCUAACAGGCACUGUCACACUGAAACUAGUCCAGUGGAAAUACUUACCUAACCCGAUGCUUACCUCUGAAAUCAAGUAGCCCUCUGGGAAGGGAGGGUGGGGCUAAUGAGUCCGCAAAGAUUCGCUCAUAAAAGCAUUGAUCGCAAAGAUCGCUAGAAAGCAAGGCUGUACGUAGUUUGCCCCUGCAAACUCCAAAGGGUCGCCCCCACAGAUCAUGUGCAAACUGAGCGAGACCGCUGGCAGCAUUAGCUCGAGAUUAACCUUGCCUAAAUUACAUUUAGCGACAUUUAAACUCGGAAGAAAUUCGCGAUACACGCGUCCAACAUUGUUUGUGGGGUGAGGGGAGGGGUUGGACCUGUGUGAAUUGGAAAACGCCCCAGUAAAAGUAAGUGCAAAAGUGUCCCAAGACUGACUUUUGUCUAUGAUUGUAGUUUUAAGCUUGAAGAGCCAGGAUGUCCGUAUUCACCCACACACUCUGUACCUUUCUGGUCACUAAGUGCUGUUUUGAACCGAGGGAUUUUUAAAAAACAAAAAUAUCUCCAAUAAUGGUUUAAACCCUCAACCAAACGGUCACCCUUGGAUACUGACAAGUGGCCACUUGAUAGAGGUCGGCCGCAGCUCAAUAGUGGUUCGUAAAAACAUAAUUAGGAUAAUGUUUAGCAAAAACGUCACGCGAUGGGAGCGGCAUUACUGGUCCACAAUCAGUCAUCACCAUCUAUCUGGGACUGUAUUUUCCUUUAUCACGUUUUUAAAACACAGCCAAUCUAAGACUUACUCACUUAGUAUAUCAAGCACUUGAUGGCCGCUUAAUAGAGGUGACAACGGAGGAAGAACUCUCUUUGGGAUGGCCAAAGGGUUGCCGCGGCCGCUUAUAGAUAGCUUUCAGUCACGUGGUCAGCAAAUUGCUUGGAACAAAAGAAAGUUUUAACAUGUGAAAAGAGUUCAAUUCCCACAGGAUUUUUUUUGUACACAAACAUGGCCGCCGAUUCAUUGUUUUGUACAAACAUAUGGCUGCCGUGACGUCAUGUGAAAAUGAUCUAUAGAGGUGGCCACUUAAUAAAGGUUUCGUUUACAAUCCUUUUGUACACUUAUUUUAGGUCAUUGAUUACUGGCUGCUUAGUAGAGGGUGGCCACUUAAUAGAGGUUCAACUGCAAUAUAAAAGUCAGAGAAACUAGCAUCUUAAAGAUUGAGCCCUUAUACCAUCAGUGCGACCUUCUUCUCGUCCGUAACUAUAAUGUACAAUUUAAUAUGGCUGAGGCCAAGCUAAAAAACUCAACAGUUUAUUUAGCCUCUAAGCACUAACAUUUUUUUUGUUCUUAUUUUGAUUGUAAGUUAAGCGUAUCGUUUAAUCAUUAUUAUGUCGUUUAACAAAUCAAUAAAGAGAAUUGGAUUGUAUCUACAGAUUCUUGACAACGUAACAUUGAUCAACCUUGAUGUUAUUCCCAGUGGACCCGAUGCGACUUCUGAAGGCACUUUGUUGGACAGGCUAGAUCACUGUUCUACUGCGUUUGGUAUUAACUGUUCCAUUACAUUUCAUACUUCAACUUAAUGAGCUUGUCACCUUGUUAUAGUGGUGAAGCUAGAUUUGAGCAUGUGUUAAUGUCCCCAGGAGGUAUGUUUACUUAGAAAGAGAGUCCAGUUUUGGUUUCAAUAAUGAAGGGUCGCAAGACGCUGAGGUUUCAAGGAAUCAUGAUUCUACUGUAAUUCCUGUUCUGUUCUUGCUUCUGUAGUGUUAUGUGUUCUAAUUUGUUUUUGCUCUUUGUUCCUUCACAAGGUAAACGUUUGUUCAAGCAGUGGCUAUGUGCACCUCUGUGUAACCCAGCCGCAAUUAAUGACAGGUACACUGUCCAGCAGUACAAAGUCAGCUUAUUUGUUAUUUGUUUGUACACGUAGUUUGACAGCAGAGACUUAGCAGAACCCAAUACUUUCAAAACAAAGAUCAACACAUCAUGAAUGAUUGAAGCCUGCUCCACAGACGAAACUAAACUGUUAGUUAUGUCCGUCUGCGCAAUAGCGCCGAAUUCCAUGUUUUGGACCCCACAUGUGUACCAGGAUUUGAGUACGUGUCAUGAUUGGUCAGUUAAAGAAGCCUUCGCCAAUUUGUCAAUCAGGUUGAAGGGAAAUUCGAAACUCAUUUCGGUAAUUCUUUAAGUCCGUUUGGGGGCCAGAAGAAUAUUGCGCUGCUUCGCAGACGUUAUUAAUCAGGGAUGGCGACGCAGGCUACACAUCAUGCUGACCAUUCAUCAUUGCACACUUGCACAGUAAACCCAAAGUAGCAGAUAUAAGAAAAUGACGCUUCACUAAUGUAAGUGUCUAAAAAUCAAUUUGCACGUAUUAGGUUUUUGUUAAAUUUCUUUGCCAUCACUGCAUAUUUAUUUAUUUGUAGCAGAUGUGAAUACACGACAACAAAGUUUUCUUUCUUUUCUUAACUUGUAUGCAUUCCCCAGACUUCAGCUACAGGGAAAUUCCCUGACAUUUGACAGUUUGAAGUUGGAAUAGUGGUGCAAAAUUUGAAAAAAUCCAAAUUCAUCUGAGUAGUUAUGGUUUUGCUGUCAUCGCCACAGUCCGUGUUAAAGCUCUCUAAUGUCCACUUUACAGGUUAAAUUCAGUUGAAGAUUUAAUGGCCAAUCCAGGAUUGGUUGCAGAGACCAAAGAAGUACUCAAAACGUUACCCGACCUAGAGAGAUUGCUGAAAAAGUAGGAGAAAUUUGUUUAUUUUCUUUCCUUAAGUUAGAAAAAAAAAAGUGGUAUCUGGAGAAGCUACAGAUCGUAGCGCGAUGUAUGUUCUAAUCCUUCACUUAUUUUUGUUGUUGUUGUUGUUGAUGUUGAUGUUGUUUUAACACGAUGGGCAACCUAGGCAGGUUAUAACCUUAAUAGGUCUUCUGUUGUGUUAGCAAGAAAUCAUACAUUUUCGACUAAUAAAAGACAGGAGAUAUCGAUGGAAGCUGGGUCUGUCGUUUGUUUUCUAACAGGAUCCAUACAUUGAGUUUGCCUCGAGACAAGAAUCAUCCAGCUCACCGAGCUAUUCUUUACAAUGAAGACACAUACAGGUAAGAAUCAAUUAGCUUAAGUUUUAGACUACAGUUCGACCUUUUUAAGGGCCGCGUCACGUAAGCGACCAUCUCCCGAAAGCUACCGCGGAUCUAAAAUACCACAAUUUCUGCACCAUCGUGUCUUGUAAGCAAGCGCUUUUCGUCCUGACAGUUUUACAGCUUUCCACUCUUUGUAACAUAUCGUUACAUGUGUAGCUUUUUUAACUUUUAACAAACUUUAUUAAAAAUUUAAUUAACAUUAAAUUAAUUAAUUAAUUAAAAUCUAUUAACUUUAUUAAAACCGGUAAUCCAUCACUUAGAUGCAUUCCAAACUACCUACUUUUAAGAAGUUAAAAUACAAAAACAAAAAACAAAAACGAAAGAAUACAUAUAUGUAUACAGUAUACGUACUAUAAUACCUGUUCACAAUUUCAAAAACUAAGUUAUUGGUUUAAAACAAAAGGCAGCAAGGAUUUUCACUUCUUUUCAUCGAUUACACGAAAGUCAUUUCUAUUCUUUCUGCUGUACGUACUUCAUUACUCUGAGUAUACUAAGCGCUUUAAGAGAUGACAUGUAACUACGCCUAUCGUGACUCAUAAAUACCAGGAUGAGCCCUGGUAACAGUAAAAUACACCAGGUCACCUUAAAGAGGUGCUCUCAAAACCCAUUCGAUCCCUUGAAUGCUUAAUAAAGGAAAGUCUCUUAGCCUAAAAACGAGCAAUACUUGCACUGUUACUCAUCUUAUCGCCUUACUAUUUUCUCACUGUAGCAAACGCAAAAUUAAUGACUUUCUCACUGUGCUGGAAGGUUUCAAUAAGGCUACAGAAAUCGUGACAUUGUUUAAAGACCAUGUCAGUAACUUCAGGUAUGUGUACAGAAGGGCGUCAAUUCCUUGUCUAGCAAUUUCCUUUAGACAGGAUUUUCUUUAACCGGGGGUAGUAGAGUUAGGUUAGGGAGAGGUGGGGCUUAUAUUUCAAUUUGUAAACAGGUUUCCCUUUCAGUUCAUCACACUUCUACGAAAUUAUAGUUCCAAGUUUAAAUGAAUAAACAACAUUUUUUGAAAAGAGACCCAUACGACCAAAAGAUUUUUUAUUUCUGAAUUUGUAAAGGAUGACGAUUUGUUACCUGCUAAAAUUGCUUGCAUUUUCUUUGUUUCAGAUCCAAACUUCUUUCUCAGGUUGUCACAGAAGAAAGUGGUGAUGAUAAAAGUAAAUCCACCGGACAGUUUCCUAGACUGCAUGACCUUUUGCACACGUUCAAGGUGCUUUGGAUGUACUUCUUUUAGAUUUUACGGAUGCUGUAUUUUCUCGAAUGCUAUAUAGUUCUCAAAUACUUGAAAAUAGUACCCUCAGGCAUUUUUGGGAGGUAUGAUGUGAGUGAAGUGUAACAGAAAGUUAUACGCAGGCUGUCAAGAACCAUGAAUAAAUGAUUUUUUUUACUUAGCAUCUACCAACAAGACCGCAAGUUACUGUUUUGUUGGCUCAAACAAACGAUGGGUCUUGAAUUGAAAGUUGGACAUUCAAAUUGCUGAAAACUUAAUCAGUAGUUUACAAAUGAAUCAAGCACUGUUAUUUGUUUUUUCAGCACGCUUUUGACCACAACAAAGCUAGGAAUGAAGGUGUCAUUUUACCAAAGCCAGGUAACGUUGGAGAAGAUUCUGAAGGCAUUUGUCCUGAUACCAACCCCUCCAGGACAAUCGUGGUCUUUUUGUCGAUUUAGGGUCUAAGACCCAAGUCAAAUUUAGAAGGAUUUGUAUGGAGUCAUCAUAGCAUAACUGGGCUAAUAUCUCAGAGACAAUUUGCCCCACAACGCUAAUUUUUGGCAAGUAGGCGACUUGGACGUUGUUCUUUCAGAAUAUCUUGACAAAUCCCAUAAUUUCACAAAUUUAAUUUUUUGUGACGUCACACUUUAGUACUAUUGCUGAGACAAGUUUUGGCAAAAGUUGGUGACAGUAGUUUGCUAUGACGUCAUCAGGUGCAUAAAUGAUACUAAAAUGUCAACUCAUGUGGGAAAAUUUUAACUUUCAAGAGGUUAAGGUUGGGUUUAGGUUCAUGUUGUAGUUAAUUUUUUAUUUCCGCCGCCUGGUUAGCUCAGUUGGGAGAGCGCCGGUCUACUGAGCGGGAGGUCGCGGGUUCAAACCCCGGCCGGACCAACACUCAGGGUCUUUAAAUAACUGAGGAGAAAGUGCUGCCUUUGUAAUAAUAUCUGCAAACGGCUAGACUUUCUAGUCUUCUCGGAUAAGGACGAUAAACCGUAGGCCCCGUCUCACAAGCCCUUGCACAUGUAUUAAAUCUGUGGGACGUUAAAGAACCCACACACUCUUCGUAAAGAGUAGGGCACGUAGUGCCCGGUGUAGUGGUCUAUCUCAUUUUCACACUCAUGUAUGGGGGCAUCAUUACUCAUUCCUUCAUUACUUGUAAACUGCACCUUAAGCAGUCUGGCAAAGUCCCCCAACCAGUGUUGUAAAUUAUCCCUGAAAAGCCCUGAGGGGAGUGGAUAAUAAGAUAUUUACAAUUACAAUUUACAAUUUCAGUUAAUUUUUAUUUUUCCAUUGUUUUGGGGUAUGGUAAUGUAUGCUAAUGAAUUUAAAACAAAGGAAAAACAAAAAUUAACUGAAAUUAAAAAUUAACUGCAACAUUCAUACAUCACAGAGUAGGUUUGGGAUUCUGCUUCAAUGUGCCAUGGGGAAACUUGGCUGUACAUCAGACGCUUAAACAAGCCCAGUUCUCUUGUCUGGUGUUCUCGUUGAUUCAAAUGAUUUGUUUGCAUUGUUUAUCCACAGGGGUCGAUCCUGAUUAUGACGGAGCUCUAGCAGACAUUAAAGCGACAAAUGUCUGGUUUGAUCAGUAUCUUAAGAAGCAGUGUUCAGUGCUUGGAUGCAGGGUGAGUGCUUAGAAGUGAUUUCGUGACGCCCUGAGUACACCUCCUUGUUCCCUGACACGUGACACGUUCUCGUCCAAUCAGUUAGGAGGUUUAGCAAAAGAUUAUAUAAGCUCACUGUUCACUAGGUCUUAAGUCAAAUCGUUUUAUAGGUCAGUUAGUUUGAGCACUGCACCGGUAAUGUAGGAGUCGUGGGUUUCAAUUCCUUUUAAGAAACGGAAUCCUUUUUAAUGAACUGCGAAAUCCUAUGUGUACAAGAAUUCAUAGAUACGUUUUGAUUCACCAUGAUUCUAGUGACCUUGGAUCAUAAAUCCUGAUCUCAAAGGCUUGGAACGUACUUGCGUAAUGUUUGCUUGUUUGUUUUUUUCUUUCUUUUCUAGGUCACGUAUUGGGGAUCAGGUAAGGCAGCAAGAAAUCCUUCUGCAAGAAAUUUAAUUUUAUUAUUAGAUUAUUGUUAUUUCAGCACGAAAGGCAAAGUCAUUCGGAUCUCAGAUCUCAGAUGAUAGAAUAACACAUGAGUUUCCCUCGGCCAUGUUCACACUUAAUUCUCCACCCACAGUGAACCCUUAACCAGUUGCCAGUACUCAGCUGAUUAGCUAUAAGAGAUAUAGAAGUAGUUUUUUCGGGGAUGACAGACGCGAAGAGUACGUACUUUAUUACAGGGCGUAAUCAUACAUUACCACAAAGAUAAAAUUGUACCAAAAAACAUGUUCAUACGAUAACAAACAAACAAAUACAAAUAACGCAAUUUUCUCUCCAUUCCAGCUAAGAACCGUUAUCAGCUUGAAGUUCCCGAUUCCAUCCGCAAGAUUCCUGAUGAGUAUACUCUGCAGUCGCAGAAGAAAGGAUUCAAGCGAUACUGGACCGCAGAAAUCGAAGCGAAACUGGCUGAGGUAGUUGAUGCAGAGGAGAGGCGAGAAGAAGCUUUAAAGGAUACCAUGAGACAUGUGUUUCACAAGUUUGACCAAGAGUAAGUCAUGAAUUCUACUGAAAUAUUGCGGUUUCCAUUGGGUGUUCGCGAUUGACUUGUUUUGUUCUGCCACUCUUUGUGAUUGGCUGAAUAAAUCUUGCGCCAUUUUUCAACCAGUCACGAGUAGGACCAAAACCAAUUAUGCCUUACUCAACUACUUUUUCGCGCGCUUUGCGUCAGUUUCGAGAUUGUUACAGUGAUUGGUUGAUCUGAAUUUCUGUGCUUAUCUUGAUUGGCUAAGGUUGUUAGUUGGGUUUGACCUCACUAAAUUGAAAGCCGUUCUCUGUUGCGAAGUAGUGCAAUUCUAAUGGUCUCUUGUUAUCGCCAUAGCCUCUUAUUUUGUUGCUCUUAAACUUGUUAAGUUUACGCAUUCUUAAGGGUGUGACCGCAUGAUUCUUGUUUUGUGUUGUCUUAAUGAUAGGUAUAAGAUUUGGGACAAAGCAGUUCAGUGUCUGGCCGUAUUGGACUCGCUGAUCAGCCUUGCUGCAUUCAGGUACACUACUAAUUUUGCCCCAGUUUACGACUAUUUCAUUUGACCUCUAUUACGUCCAUGCCUUAUAAACUUAACAGCUUUUCCGUCUAUGCAGUUCACCUCGCAAGAGACCAAAGCUAUGUGGUACCUAUCCUCCUAAGUUCAAACGCGUGAACCUGAACGGUGCAAAGUGAAUGGGAAAAUAUCGUGCUCGUUGUUUGCGUUCAUGUACAGACUCGCAUUGGCGAGAAAAUGAUCAUGUCUCAACGUGUAAAUGGAAGAAUCUCCUUGAUACUAAUCCUGCCUUCUUUACUAGUUCUCAAGGAGAUGGUCCAAUGUGCAGACCAGAAGUCGUUCUUCCUGAUCAAACAUCUGAUGGAGAUUUUCAGGUAGGUAUUUGUUAAUGACAUGAAAAAGGCUGUUAUGUUUUGAUAGUGAAUAUAUUAUUUAAAAGCUACGAUGAAGUUGAAUAAUGAAGACCAGUGAUGAUGAGGUAUAACGAUCCUCUAACAGCUUAGUCUGCUUGCAGUCCGCCUUUUCUCUUAAAAUCCGUUUAGUUCUUAUCUCAUCUAGCGCGAUUGCAAACCACGACGUUGUUAUUAAUUCGCCACUCGCUUGCUUAGGUUUCGCGUGCAGUAACUUUGCAAAGAAAAAUAAGAGACUGCUCGCAGUCUACUAACAGCUGUGAUCUAUCAAGGAAGGGGAAUAAAAAAAAUUUUGAUAAAAAAUUUUUUGCUGUCAUUACUUGUCCUUGAUGUUUACUCUCAGUUCAACUUAAGUUUAGUGAAAGAUUGUGUUCAUUUUGGAAUGUGUAUGAUAGGCUCGUUUAUCGUUUGCUUCAUGGUAUUGAUCGCGACGUUUCAACAUGCCCACUGGUGAUCAUCAUCAGGCGAUGGUGUCGAUUUACAGAGAGGGAUUAUUAGUAGCACCGUGGUUGCUUCUGAAUGGUGUAACACCAACCCUGCUCAUGUUGACUCGAAACGUUUUUGUCAUUGGUAGCGUAAGUAAUUGCUCCCUCAGUAAUCCGUUGUGUUAAUGUUCGGCCGCUGUGACAUCUGAUCAUUGACGGCCACGCUUUUGGGUUGUCUUUUCCACUAUCUGUAUUUGGAUUUUCUCCUUAACUCGGCAAGAGUACCAUUGAGUGUCUGGAUUAAUUAAUUUACCUUUUGUGCCAAAGCGGUUAAUGCCUGAUCAUAUUUGUGUGUUCAGAAAGGUCUGAACUCUGAGUUCUUGGAAACCGUCCUUGCUAUUUUCGUUAAUCCUUCGUGCGCUCAGAUUUCUGAAGUGUAAUGGGGCAAUACCGAAGUGGUCAAUCUACGAAAUGAGAGGUCCAGCAACCUCAAAGAUGGACCCAAUAACAACUUGAGAAAGUUGAUGUGAGAGAUGCGUAUCUUAUUUGCCAAAAAAGGGUAUUUGCGGUUAGCGCGAUCACGAAAAGUGGCAAUACAAAAGAUGGAAAAAGAUGUGUAAGCUAGCUAGCAAUAGUUUCUUCAACACCAGGAAAAACCUCGAAAAGUGUUUUACAAGGCGUAACUAAGUCAGAUGAAUAGUAAACAACUGCUCUUCUAUAUCAAGUUGUUUUCAAUCAACAGCCUUUCUUGGAAAUUCGCGAUGGACGCCACCCCUGUAUUUCUCGCACGUUCAGUGGCGGUGAUUUCAUCCCAAAUGACACGGUUGUGGGAAUCAAAGACGUAAGUAUGGGCAUCUUGUCUACAAACAUUUUUAAGUUCCUGAUGAAAGGUAUCAAGUCCAAACUCAAGCGGACGUCACUAAGUCAUUCGUUAUCAUGCAUUGAAAAUAUUUCUCCGUUUUCGAUUGGCAUAAAUUUCACGGCACAACCAGCUAUCGUUGACCAUGUUUGGAAGAUGUUUGCCUUGAUUAUGCGAUAGAUUAAAUAGUAAAAUAUUACACUGAAAAUGGGGCGCAGUGGCUCAGCUUUUUCGGUAGUGCAGAGUAGGGGAGGAUAGCGGAAGACUUCACAGUUUAAGAUACGUGCAAACGGACGCAACAGCUCCAAGCAUUGUUGAGGCAACAAUGUUGGGAGUUGUUGCUUUUUUUUUUUUGUUUGCAUGUAGCUUAACAUUUGAUCGGUUUCAAACUUUGCGCAAGACCUCCCAACAACAAGUCACUAAGGGUGGAUUUCCACUGUCGCGUAGUUUUCCUCGCGUGCGCACGUAAAUUUUACGUGCGUUAAUAAAAUAGAGACAAUAGGCUGAUUUAGCAAAAGAACGGGAACGUGAAUUGACGACGGCGCGCGCAAAUCAAACAACUGGCCUGACCAAUGGCAGAGCCGCAAAUUGGGCACCGGAAGUCGUGUUUAGUCCUUUCCGCGCGCUUUUCUGUCGUCAACUGGCGUUCCCGUCCUGUUACUAAAUCAGCCUAAUGUAUGGAAGGUCACGCGUCUACGUAAAAGUUGAACCACGCUCGACUUUUACGUUUACGCGUGGCCUUUCAUACAUUUCCUCUAUUUCAUUUACGCACGUAAUAUUUACGUACGUUCGCACGGAAAAAUUCCGCGACAGUGGAAAUCAACCCUAACUCACCACUUUACAAACGAAAAGGAAACUUGGCCAAGUUAGCUUUUGCAAAGUAUUCUGGGAUGGUUACUGGAGACUCGCUGGUCAGCCAUUGGCCGACGUUUUUUCCUGGUCCCGAGUAACAGUCCCAGGAGUCUGUGCGAAAUUAAACUUGGUCCUGUUUUCUAUUCGUUUCUAAAGUAGCCGGUGGUUAAGACAUUUGAAAGCUGCAAAGUAGGUAUGAUAAUUACAUACUGAUAUUGCAUGAUUUAGAGCGUUGUGUGGAAAAGUUUUAGAUUCCUCUUAUGAUAAUGUUACAGCAAAAUAUAUUAUUUUCGUUACAAACGAAGUCAGUUUUUCCUUAUGUUUUUAGGAAAUUGACUGCGAUGAAGCAGCGGCAAACAGUCAAAGCACCUGCGUGUUAGUUACAGGUCCCAACAUGGGAGGAAAGUCAACUCUAAUGCGACAAGCGGGGUUGAUUGUCAUCAUGGCACAAAUGGUAAAGCAUUUCAUCUGAUUGUAGCUGUUACAAAAUAAUAGAACAAAACCAUUUUGAAAAGUCGUAUAGCGUAUGGUCUUUAAGGUUAAAACUUACGAAACAAACCCAGAUCGGCGAGUCAAUGACCCUGCCCGACUUUAAGUGAACUAAAAAGCAAAAUAGAGAGCAUAUACACUGAACACUAAUCCUAUGGAAUGGCUAGCAUCUCACGCUUGCGUACAAUCCAUGUGUGGUAGUGUUCAAAUGUGUUUCAAAUGUUUUGGUCAUAUUAAUGUUAUGAUUUUUAGAUAGACAAGACAAGAACUUUAUUUAUACUACACGCAUAAAAAGAGCCAUUAAAAACGACAAUACUACGUAUAUAAGGUACAAGCCACCUAGAAAAUAGGUGAAAAGCUAAUCUAGCUAGGAGACAUUAUAGAUCAAUUAAGAAUAUUAAAGAGGUUGUUUCAUGGAGGCACAUGUAUAAAGCAAUGUAAAAACUAACAAACAAUCAAAGAAAAGAAAAGAAAAAAAACACAUGCACAGACUUGAAUCACACGAUAAAAUGACAAAUAUCAGGCACAAAUAGAUGAAGAAAUAAAGAAGGAGACGCUACAAAGCGAUUGAAGGGCAAAGAAAAUGAAAAACACGUUCACCAGGUCGAAACUAAAUCGGAGAUCAGAGAAACACGUCCGCCCCCAUGCAUAACAACAACAACCAAUUUCUCUGGUCAACAAGGCCGUUGUAAUGUCCAUUAUCCUCCAUUGGGUCGCCAUUUUGGUUUGGUUACCCUCAAUCAAUCUUCACAGGGUAGUCUGUGCUAUCGAGCCGCAAGUUGAACACCCGCAAUGCUACUAUAUACGGUAGCCUCAAGGGCCUGGCAUAAAUGAGGUCUUUACAAAUGAAUUCUAGUUUUGUAAAUGAUAUGGUGUGUCUAACCUGAUUCCUUCCUGUUUUAACCGUGGCUAAAUUUGAUCCUUCCUUUAAUGUGCAUUGGCUAAAUUGGCUAAAUUUGAUCCUUCCUUUAAUCCUUCCUUCCUUCCUUCCUUCCUUCGUGCCUAAAUUUGAUCCUUCCUUUAAUGUGUAUUAACUGGGAAACAAUAGUGCGGUCUUAAAAAGUAGUAAAAUAUGAUGAUUUUUGUUUGUAGGGUUGUUACGUUCCAGCUGAAAAAUGUCGCCUGACACCUGUGGAUCGCGUAUUCACCAGGCUUGGUGCUCACGACAGAAUCUUAUCAGGUAACUGAACACCGAAGUCCUCGAAAGUUUGUGAAUUUCUGUGGUGUCUUGUUCAAUGUUUAUGGAGUGCGUAAAUUGUGGAAACAGUUAGUUAAAGCCUUGCUUUUUUUCUUUUUUUCUUUUUAGGUGAAAGUACAUUCUUUGUAGAGCUAAGCGAAACGUCCACAAUUCUUAGACACGCAACAAGACACUCCCCUUGUUCUUGUGGAUGAACUGGGACGAGGAACCGCUACGUAUGACGGGACAGCUAUCGCAUGCGCAGUGGUCAGUGAACUGUCAAGGAACAUCAGAUGUAGGACACUCUUUUCCACUCAUUACCAUUCACUUGUGGAGGAAUUCUCCACUGAUGAUAAUGUUAGACUUGGUCAUAUG